AUGGUAAUAGCAAUAGGGUUUGAAGGAAGCGCUAAUAAAUUGGGGGUUGGAAUUGUUAAGGAUGGGGUUGUGUUAGCGAAUUAUCGUCGUACAUACAUUACACCACCUGGAGAAGGUUUUUUACCAAAAGAAACAGCUCAACAUCAUAGAGCAAAUAUUAUUGAAGUUUUGAAAACUGCUCUGGAAGAGGCAAAAAUUUCUCCAAAAGAUAUUGAUGUGGUUUGUUAUACAAAAGGUCCUGGAAUGGGGGCUCCUUUAGUGGCUUGUGCAAUAGUAGCACGAACUGUUGCUCAAUUAUGGAAUAAACCUAUUGUUGGAGUUAAUCAUUGUAUUGGACAUAUAGAAAUGGGUCGUUUAAUUACUAAAGCAAAAAAUCCUACAGUUUUGUAUGUAAGUGGAGGAAAUACACAAAUAAUUGCAUACUCUCGAAAACGUUAUCGAAUAUUCGGUGAAACCAUCGAUAUAGCUGUGGGUAAUUGUCUUGAUAGGUUUGCACGAGUAUUAAAUUUAUCGAAUGAUCCAAGUCCAGGGUACAAUAUUGAACAAUUAGCUAAGGAUGGUACUAAAUUUCUAUCACUUCCAUAUGUGGUUAAAGGAAUGGAUGUUAGUUUCUCCGGAAUUCUUUCAUUUUUAGAAGAAAGGGCAUCUCAUUUUUUAAACGAAGGAUGGACUAAAGCUGAUUUAUGCUUUAGUUUACAAGAAACAAUAUUUGCUAUGCUUGUUGAAUGUACUGAACGAGCAAUGGCUCAUUGUGGAUCCGAAGAAGUUCUUAUCGUGGGUGGCGUUGGAUGUAAUCUACGUUUACAAGAAAUGAUGGAAGCAAUGUGUAAAGAACGGGGUGCUAAAUUAUUCGCCACCGAUGAACGAUUUUGUAUUGAUAAUGGUGUUAUGAUUGCACAUGCUGGUGCUGAAUAUUUUGCUCAUGGUGGUCGAAUGAAUUGGAAUGAUGCCACCUGUACACAACGAUAUCGAACCGAUGAAGUGGAAGUUACGUGGCGGGAUGAUUAGUUUUAAGGAACAAAGUUUAGUUCUAAUUCGUUCGGUAAUUUUAUGAUUUUUCAUGAUCGUAAAGCGAAUUUUGCUAUGUUUAAAUAUUUAAUUUUGUAUUAUAACAAAUUUUGACCUAUAAGUUUGGUACAAUAAACUUUUAGUUUGUUAUUUCAGAAAAUUAGAUUUUAUGCAAUAAACUAAAUU